AAGCUGUGCACUCCAGAACUGUGAACCUGUUUGGCAGCAGCAACUAAAUGCAGAAAAUCCCAUGGCAGAGCAGGUGGCCCUGAGCUGGACCCAGGUGUGUGGGAUCCUGAGGGAAGAGUUGUACCAGGGUGAUGCCUUCCAUCAAGCUGAUACACACAUAUUUAUCAUCAUGGGUGCAUCCGGUGACCUGGCCAAGAAGAUCUAUCCCACUAUCUGGUGGCUGUUCCGGGAUGGACCUACCUUCAUUGUGGGCUAUGCCUGCUCCUGUCUCACAGUGGAUGACAUCCGCAAGCAGAGCAAGCCCUUCUUUAAAGCCACUCCAGAGGAAAGGCCAAAGCUAGAGGAGUUCUUUGCUCGUAACUCCUAUGAGGCUGGCCAGUAUGAUGAUCCAGCCUUCUACAAGCACCUCAACAGCCAUAUGAAUGCCCUACAUCAGGGGAUGCAGGCCAACAACCUAUUCUACCUGGCUUUGCCCCCCACAGUCUAUGAAACUGUCACCAAGAACAUUCAAGAGACCUGCAUGAGUCAGACAGGCUGGAACAACAUCAUAGUGGAGAAGCCCUUCAGGAAAGAUCUGCAGAGCUCCAACCAGCUGUCGAACCACAUCUCUCUGUUCCGCGAGGACCAGAUCUACUGCAUUAACCACUACCUGGGCAAGGAGAUGGUCCAGAACUUCAUGAUGCUGAGAUUUGCCAACAGGAUCUUUGGCCUUUGGAACCAAGACAAAAUUGCCUGUGUGAUCCUCACAUUUAAAGAGCCUUUUGGUACUGAGGGUCAUGGGGUCUACUUUGAUGAAUUUGGGAUCAUCAGGGACGUUAUGCAGAACCACCUCCUGCAGAUGUUGUGUCUGGUGGCCAUGGAAAAGCUUGCCUCCACAGAUUCAGAUGAUGUCCGUGAUGAGAAGGUCAAAGUAUUGAAAUGGAUCUCAGAGGUGAAAACCAGCAAUGUGGUCCUUGACCAGUAUGUGGGGGACCCCAGUGGAGGAGGAGAAGCUACCAACGGGUACUUAGAUGACCCCACAGUGCCCCGUGGGUCCAUUGCUGCCACCUUUGCAGCAGCUGUCCUGUAUGUGGAGAAUGAGAGAUGGGAUGGGGUACCCUUCAUCCUGCGCUGUGGCAAAGCCCUGAAUGAACACAAGGCUGAGGUGAGACUGCAGUUCCGAGAUGUGGCAGGCGACAUCCUCCACCAGCAGUGCAAGCAUAAUACGCUGGUGAUCUGUGUGCAGCCCAAUGAGGUAUACACCAAGAUGAUGACCAAGAAGCCUGGCAUGUUCUUCAAUCCUGAGGAGUCAGAGCUGGACCUGACCUAUGACAACAGAUCCAAGAAUGUGAAGCUCCCUGGUGCCUAUGAACACCUCAUCCUGGAUGUCUUCUGUGGGAGCCAGAUGCACUUUGUCUGCAGUGAUGAACUCAGGGAAGCCUGGUGUAUCUUCACACCACUGCUGCACAAAACUGAUCAAAAGAAGCCCCUGCCUAUCCCCUAUGUUUAUGGCAGCUGCGUCCCUACAGAGGCAGAUGAACUGAUGAAGAGAGUGGGCUUCCAGUAUGGGAACUUACACCAUCUGCCCUCUGCCCCUUUUGGCCACCCUUUCUGUAUCUGUCCUUCCCACCACCUAACCUGA